AUGGUGAUUAUAUCAGGGAAUGCCCUUGUGCGGCCUUCUACAGUAGACUACCACCCAAGACUUGGGUUUGGAGCAAGCGCACAAGACACAAAGCAGCCAGCUUGCAACACCAAGACGGGAAGGAGCGCAACCUGGAAGCGGACGUGCGAGCCUUGGCCAAGCGAUGCGAUGCGAUGCUCCUCGGUGCGACGAUUGUUUACGGUCUGA